AUGGCUUCCACGACGUUCCCCUUCCGCGUUGUCGAGCACGUUGUUCCGUGCCAGCACAUCCGUGAAUACCCCCGAGCCACGAGCACGAGCCAGGAGGAGACGUUGCAUCUGUCGGUCAAGCAGUAUAUCCCGCUGGACAACCCCGAUCCACAGCCUGGGGAUGUGACCAUUAUCGGGGCGCAUGCGAACGGGUUCCCGAAGGAGCUGUACGAGCCCUUCUGGGAGGACCUGCUGGCUGGCUCAAAGAAGAAUGGAUUCCGAAUCAGGGCCAUCUGGAUCGCAGAUGUUGCACAUCAAGGGAACAGCAGCGUGAUGAAUGAGCAUGCCCUAGGAAACGACCCUUCGUGGUUUGACCAUCCUCGCGAUCUUCUGCACUUGAUCAACCUCAAAAGGGAGGAGAUGCCGCGCCCGAUCAUUGGUAUCGGCCAUAGCAUGGGCGGUGGCCACCUGUUCGUCAACCCCAGCCAAACCAUGGCCAUAAAUGCAGAAGCACUAUCUAACAUUGCUCUCUCCAGAGUCGCCCUAUCAACCAUGCACCCCCGACUCUUCACCACCGUCAUCCUCAUGGACCCAGCAAUCCACAAUCUCAAAUCCUACACCACCAACCACACCUUCCACACCAAAAAGAACCACAUCCCCACCACCACCCUAGCCUCCACCUACCGCCGCGACAUCUGGCCCUCCCGCGCCGCCGCCGCCCAAACCCUCCGCAAAAGCAAAUUCUACCAAUCCUGGGACCCCCGCGUCUUCGACCGCUGGAUCACCCACGGCCUCCGCGAGCUCCCCACCGCCCUACACCCUCUCGACCCCCAAUCCGAAUCCCUACCCCCCGGCCACCGCCCCGUCACCCUCACCACCACCCUCCACCAAGAAGUAUUCACCUUCUCGCGCCCCAAGUACCGCGCCGACGACCCCAGCGCACCCCUCACCCACUCCAGCCAUCCAGACAUCGAACUCGGCACGCCCGACGGCUUCUCCUUCUACCGCCCCGAGCCCCCGCGCAUGUUCGCCUCCCUGCGCCAUCUGCGGCCCAGCGCCUUUUACAUCUUCGGCGACAAGUCGGACAUGAGCAACCCGGAAUUCUGCCGGGAUAAGCUGGAAAUCACGGGCUCUGGGGCCGGGGGUAGCGGCGGGGUGAAGGAAGGGAGGGUGGAUGCGCGCACGCUCAAGGAUGUAGGCCAUUUGAUUCCGAUGGAGGCGGUGGGUGAGGCGGCGGAGUUGAGUGCGGUGUGGGUGGGCAGGGAGUUGCAAAGGUGGAGGGAGGAGGAGGAGGAGUUUAAGAGGUUCUGGGAUGGGAAGAGUAAAGUGGAGAAGAUGAGUAUUGAUGCGGAGUGGAAGAAGAGGAUUGGGCCGCCGCCGGUGAGGAGGAACGGGAAUAGAAGUGCGAAGGAGACAAAGUUAUAG